UAAGUGCCUUCAAACAGGAAAUUUGAACUGCUACUAGCAUUAAUCAAAAGUUCACGUCAGACCACUACAUCAUGAUUUUAUGAUUGACGGCAAUUGAUUCAAAAUAUUUAAUAUCACGUGGCCCUGGUUUUCUGUUUGCUGUUUUCUUUUUUCUUUUCUUUUUUUCUUUUUUUUUUUUUUUAAUCUGUCUCUUCCUCAAAUAUUUCUCUCACAAUUUCCUCACUUUUCACUAAAAUCUCUCGUAAGCAUCAAAAGCUGUGGACCUUCAAUUCAAUACCUUCUUAUCUCUCUCUCUCUCUCUCUCUCUCAACCCUAGUUCCCAUGCAUGGUCCCAAAGUUUAACGAAUUCUUAACCUUGCUUCUUCUUUCUCUAUCUCUUGGUACUUCCUUUGGUUUAGUUUCUCAUGGAGACCCAAAUUCUUUUCACCCCAAGCUUACCUACAUUCUUCUUUCUGUUUUUCUUGCUUUAUCUUUUUGCAUAUUUUGGGGUUUUUAAGAACUGGGGUCCGAAACAUCAAGCAGAAGCUUCAAGCUGCUUAAUCUCUCUAGCUCAUGGAACUCCAGCUGUUAUAUUAGCCAUCUAUGGACUAACUCAUACUCAAACACCACCUACUUUUGAUUCUCCAAAUACCACACUUCAAAACGUUGUGCUUGAAUACAGCUUAGCCUACUUCUUAGUCGACCUGUUCCACUACAUGGUUUUCUUCCCUAAUGAUAUCCUCUUUAUAUUACACCAUUUAGCAACACUCUAUGUAUUUGUGACUUGUCGUUAUGUGGUUCGCCAUGGUGGUUUUGCUCUCCUUGUACUUCUUGUUCUUGCCGAGGUCACCAGUUGCUGUCAGAAUGUCUGGAGUCUUUCUUCUUUUCGAAAGGCUGAUGACCCUUUGGCUGCAAAAUUACAUGAAUUUUUGACUCCUCGUUUCUAUGCUUUUUAUAGUGUUUUCAGAGGAAUUAUUGGACCUGCUUUUGUUUUUAAAAUGGGGGUUUUUUAUGUAAGUGGGGCAGCUGAUGCCGUGAUUCCGAGGUGGGCAUGGAUUUCUUGGAUGGUUGUGAUUGGAACUGCUAUAUUGGUUAGCAUAGCAUGGGUCCUGGAUCAUUGGGUUGAUUGGAAGAGAGAGAGAGGUUACAGGGCGCAGAAGAAGGUGAGAUAGGAAAAUAAGAAUUUUUUUUCUUUUUUAAAUUGUUCGUUCAACUUUUUUCUAUGAUAAUUAUGUAAAAAUAUGAACUUUUUGCAAGAUGCGACGUUAAUCUGUAUACACUUAACUACUUCUACUACAAGCAUUUAUGAUA